AUGAUAGCACUGGUGUUGUUAGCCGCCGUAGCCGCGGCGGCCGCGCAAAAUGAACCUCUACCGCGACAGCCUGCACCUAGGCGUGAACAGUUUCGUGUUAUAUACGAAUGGAACGCUAUAGAUUUCGAUUGGGAAUCUUCACAAGAUCGACUGGCUUACCUCAAUGCAAGCAAAUACAUUCCUCAAAAUGUUCUCGUAUCUGGUAUAAAUUACUACGGCGAGAACUUGUUUUUAACAAUGCCGAGAAUGUUGGAUGGAGUCCCUGCAACUUUGGCAACGAUCCCCGUAACACCUGUAGACACAGCACCGAAGUUACGGCCAUUCCCUAGCUGGGAACAAAAUGAAAAGGGCAACUGCGAAGCUCUACAAUUUGUGCAGAACAUAGAAAUCGAUAAGAAUGGAAUAAUGUGGAUUUUGGAUAACGGCAGAGUAGGUACUUUAACUCAAUCUCCAGAUCCAAAGUGCAGUCCUUCCCUUGUUCUCAUCGAUCUUAAGACUGGGAAGAAUGAGAUGGAACGUAUACCAUUCUCGGAGGAUGUCGUGAAUCCUAAAACGACUUAUUUAAAUGACAUUGUCGUUGAUAACCGGGACGGUGACUACGCGUACAUCACAGAUAAUAGUGCUGUAGACCCUGGCAUUAUAGUUUUUCGGCGCAGUGAUAAAACAUCGUGGAAAGUUCGUGACACCCCGUCAAUGUCUUCUGUUGGCGAGGCUUCAACGUUCCGACUCAACGGAACCACAGUCAACCUUCCUGUAAACAUUGACGGGAUAGCCCUAGGACCCCAGUUUCGAACAGAGGAUGGCAGAGUUGACAGGAAAGUCUACUAUUGUCCGCUGUCCAGUUUCCACUUGUACGCUAUCAAUGCGUCUGUUCUUCGUAACGAAAGUUUAGGACAGAUAGGCGAUGGUGCUCUGCGUCCGUAUGUACAAGAUUUAGGUACCAAAGCAUCACAGACCGAUGGCAUGAAGAUGGACUCCGCUGGACUGCUUUUCUACGGAUUAAUCGGUAAUUCAACAAUCGCAGAAUGGAACAGUGCUGUUGACUUCCGAGAGGGUCAGCGUACGAUCGCCCGUGAUAUUAAUUACAUUCAGUGGGUGGACCGAUUCACUUUCGAUAAUAAGGGAAAUGUGUAUGUGGUUAUUAAUAGGCUCUACAAUUUUGUUAAAAAUCUAGUGUCUUUAAAUGAAGUUAACUACAGGAUUUUGAAGUCACACACUGGUUCGAAGAGCUAUGUGUUUGGUGAGGAUCUUGAAGAGGUGAAGAAACAACCCAACACGGCGACGCUGCCGGCUGUAACUUCAUCGCUGCUACUGUUAACCAUCGCUCACCUGUUGGCCUAG